ACGCCAGCAGGUGGAUGUUGGUUACCGGAAGGUAUCAUGAUGGACUAACGUGACGCUGGAAGUCCCGAAUUUCAUUGCUCGAUACUUGUCAUGGCUUUAAACUUCGAGCCAGAGCUUCCUACUUUCGUCUUUGAAAGAACUUACACCAAUGACCAUCAGUUCCUGUUCGCUUUUCCGAAUGAAAAGAAAAUGCCCAAUGCGCGUCAAAUACAGCUGCGGCGCCUCUAUGAUAUCAUGAAUCUCAGCGUGCAGCGGAACGACCUUCCCCGUGCCAGACGCGCUUGGUCAAUUCUAGCCAGAUGCAAAGAAAUAAAUUGGAAAGCAAUGUGGAGGCUGGGCAUCACUUUGCUCGGGAAUGAUGCCCGCGUAAUGGAGAGCAAUCCACGCAAAAUAGAUUAUCUACGGACCAUGUUACUCCAACUUCCGGAGGAGCGAGAACGUAUUCUUGCUGAAUUGGUCCAGCAUUACAUUCUUGCUGGCAAGUACAGAGAUGCGCUCGACGAGCUUGAGUUCUACCUUCCCUCAUUCCCUUAUCGUGACAAUCCAGUACUCCACGUCUAUGCAGGCUUGCUGUGUAUUUUCGUUGCUCAGCCUCCUGAAUCAGCUGGUGUUAAUGAGGUUGAGGAAACUGCCUUUGAUAGCAACUCUUUGAGUCGCGCUCAGAUCUUUCUUGAACACGCAAAGGCAUUGGAUCCCCAUAACAUUGUCGCAAGCGAGUUUUUGCACAAGCUGCAUUCUAUUUCCCAAGGACCAGCGUCGAUUUCUUUCGCCAGUCAUGAUUCUGAAGAUGAGACUCAUACCAAAGGUUGUCAGCCAUCGCAACCAAAGCGGAAGAGAAGUAAUUCUUGAUGGUACUCGUCUAACGGGUCAUGAGUGAAU